AUGUCCGGCAACAAUAUCAACAACUCAACCGACAAGCAUAAUGAUGAUUCUUUUCAACAAUUGAAUAACGACAUUGACGAUAUCUACAAAACAUAUAGUACAACCAAGAAUGCGAGUGUCGAGACUUUAGAUUCUCAAAAAGAUCGAUAUGUUUUCAAAUAUGGCGACUCUUCAGACAAUCAACUACCUACGGUGCACAUUUCAUCACGGUUAUCUUCUAUGGAGCCAUCCAGUUCCGAAGGAAACGUUGCAAAAAGUGUACCUGGAACCCCGUCCUCGCUUGGUUCGUUUGACUUUAGGCCACACUACCCUCGAGCAGUUACAAAUUCUUCAUUGAAUGUUCUUUUGGAUACAGCGAGCGGAAACUCCCAGUUCAAAAGCCUUGUGGACUCGCCAGUUGGUCACAAUGAUGACGACGCAAACACGUUAGAUGAUGGAAUACCAAAGUCGUCAGAGUAUAAAUCAGAAGAACAUAAUUGGAGGGAAGAAGGCGCUGCCGUCAAGACUGUCAAAAAACCAAAUGGCGAAGUAUCAACAAUUAGAAGAAGUGUUACCGACUUCAAAUUUGGUAAAGAGUUGGGAGAAGGUUCCUAUUCCACUGUUAUACUAGCCACAGAUAAAAUCAGUAACAAGAAUUAUGCAGUCAAAGUGUUGGAUAAAAGACAUAUAAUCAAGGAGAAAAAAGUCAAGUAUGUCAACAUUGAAAAACACGCAUUGAAUAGAUUGAGUAAUAGAAUGGGGAUCAUUUCCCUUUAUUUCACAUUUCAAGACAAAGAUUCGCUAUAUUUUGUGUUAGAUUAUGCAUCAAAUGGUGAGCUCUUGACACUAAUCAAAAAAUAUGGGACUUUGAAUGAAGAUUGCACCAGGCAUUUUGGUGCGCAGAUAUUGGAUGCUAUCAAGUACAUGCACGAUAAUGGUGUCAUUCAUAGAGAUAUCAAACCCGAAAACAUUUUGUUGGAUGACAAGAUGCGGAUUCAAAUCACAGAUUUUGGAACAGCCAGAUUAUUGGAGAAAAAGAACGAUGAAAGUGAAGAUUAUCCUUUGGAUGUGAGGGCCAAGUCAUUUGUAGGAACUGCUGAGUACGUGUCCCCUGAGUUAUUGGAAAGCAAAUUUUGUGGAAAGCCAGGUGAUAUAUGGGCUUUUGGCUGUAUCAUAUACCAGAUGAUUGCUGGCAAGCCUCCAUUUAAGGCAACGAAUGAGUAUUUGACAUUUCAAAAAAUUACCAAGCUUCAGUAUGCCUUUAGCGCUGGAUUCCCCACAAUAAUUCGAGAUCUAAUCAAAAAGAUUCUUGUAUUACAGCCGUCGAGGAGAGCGACCAUCUCAGAGAUUCAAAACCAUUUUUUUUUCAAAGAUAUCGACUUUAAUGAUUUUAAUCAAAUUUGGCAAACAGAACCGCCGGAACUUGGGCCAUACAAAAUGACGGCAAAAUCGAUGAUGAAGGUUCCAGACAUCAUCAAGCAUAGCACUUCCACAGUCAUUCCUAAAAAGAAGCUGAGCAAACAGCCGAAGUCUAGUGGAGACGAAAAUUCUGCCGCAACGAAACCACGCAAUGGUGGUGCUUCCGGGCCCACUGGGACGGCAAGAAAAACUAGCAAGACUGAAGUUACUGGUAAUGUAAAUCCGGCGAAUGCAGCAGCAUAUGCUUUGCACAAACCAUUGACUGCUUCAGAUAGUAGCAUUGGAGAGAGUAAUCCGACUUCAAAGGAGAACUCAAAUGACAGCAGGAGGAGCUCUCGUGGUGCGCAACCAGAUUAUAUACCAGGAACGAAUAUUUUGAGACCACAAAUUAAUACGCGUCCGUCACUUCAUUCAUACAAAAGCAGUCGUGAAAAGGCAAAGCCCGCAGUCAAGUCGAAACCAAACAUCAUGGAGGUUAGGCCGUCGGGUACUUUAGAGGAUGCUUGGGGAGCAUAUUUGACUCACCCAGACGAAAGAGUCCUUCGAGUUGGAUCAGUCUUUGUUCACAAAGAAUCUACUGAGGUGUUUGAGAGAAAGAACAAGGGCUCUUUACAUGAUUCACCAUUGGAUGCAGGAAAUUCACAGCGCAAUCGUUCCAAUACCAGUUUACUUUCUCAGAUGGUAAAUGGGGUCCCCACAAAGCAGAACUUUGAUAAUGUCGAUGAGAAGGUUGCCAUAAAGGAGCCAUAUGAGGAGUCAUUUUUGCAAAGGAGUAAUAGCAAAAAGAGUAGCAAGAAAAGUAGCGAUCUUGAGAGAUCACAAUCCACAACUUCAAACAAGAUUUCCAAACGUUCUAUUUUCAAGAAAUUGGGAUUGUCCCAAAGUGAAAAGAAUGACGAAAGUGAUGACGAAGCUGUCAACAUUUUCACCCUUGAGAAACCUCAAGUUGGCACCAUGAUUGUGACAACUCAUGGGAGAGCACUUGUAUUUGCAAGAAAGAACUUGGAGUCUGAAUACGAAGUGAUUCUCUCGAUACAAUUGAAGUUUCCAUUUAUCAGGUUUCAAGAAUUAGUAUCGGCACAAAAUAGGUUUUCCAAAAUGCUACCUUCAGUUGGAGUAUUCACAAUCACUUCAGUUGAGCUGACUUAUGUGUUUGAAGUGGAAAAGUUUGAAGUGAAUCAAUGGACAGAUUCUUUAAGUAGGAGCCGCAAUAAUCAGUUGGAGAGAGAAAAGCUCGAGCUGAAUGCAGCGCCAACUUUAAAAGGGGAUGCAAAGGGCAGCGUAUCCAAAUCCAGUUCUGAGAGCCUUGUUUUAACUCCAGCCAAGGAACGUAAUCAAUCACCAAGCCUCACUAACACUGCUGCAACAAGAAAUCCUACACCACCAUCUUCAUCAAGUAAAGCCGCCAAACACUCGCCACCAGAUACUGCGAGGUCUACCAUCCGGGAAACUCCCAAAUCCUCCCACUUAUUGAAAACCAGGAUGCAGCGCUCGACACCAAGAAGGAAACCGCCUCCAGUCAGUCCCCCAAAUGAAAUGAAUACAACUGGGUUACCAAAAGACAGCAGCUCCGACAGUGGGUUUUUACGAGCAGCCAAAUUGGCAGUGGCGCAUAAUGCUCAUAUUCCGUUGUCGACCAACAGACGAUCCAGUUUUACAAAAGAAGACGGUAGAAAAGUUGACUUGAUAAACACCAGAGCUGUAUCCAAGGGGCAUGGACAGACAUCCAGUAAUCCAACUCUGCCUGUCAUCACAAGUCUGAAUUCGAAAUUCUUAGCCCGAAGCAUUAGAAAGUAA